AUGUCUUCCCUUGCAACCAGGUCAAUCAUCGAUUAUAACAUUGACUUGACUGACUUGGUGACGAAUCAACAAUUACGGGAGGCGGUGCAGUAUGACUCGAUAGCAGAAGGUAACGAUGUCGCCACGGGUCCAGAAGACCUUAGUCUAGAGGAUAUGGCUACCGGAUCCCCAGCUCGGAGGCCGGACUGCUUUGAGGUUAUAGGAACCGACGUUAAUCUGAUGCUACCUGAUCGACCUAUGGACCUUCAGUUUUCCGUCUCUGAUCGAGUUCCUAUUGUCUUCGACGCACAACCCGCUGAACUUCAAGAAUACUGGGCAAAAUUGAAUGAUUUCGUGCAAACCAAUGACGUAUCGGUUCCUCCUCAACCUCCCAUUGGGUUUGAACACAAAGGCAAGACGUAUAUCUUACAGAGUAGCUCGAACGUUCGCCAAAGCACCGAGGACGUCCUUCAAAUUGGCGAUAUUGUUGAUGGCGUAAGCGUGUUCAGCGAGAAUACUCUAGACUUAGAGAGCCAUCAGAAUAGUACGACUUGCAAGGUGGUGUGCCAAUCCACCUCAGAUGAGGCAUGGAAUCAGUUUCUGGCUAACUGUGAUCGCCUCAGUGCAUCAGUCCCCAAGCAUGGAUCAAACGACGAUGAUGAAAGCAAGUAA